AUGAGUGCGAAAAAACCUGUGUGCUUGACAUUAAAAAAAAAAGCUGAAAUUCUCGAUUUCUUACAAAAGGGGUCGAGUGUGACAUACUUAGCAAAGAAAUAUAAUGUUGCUAAAUCAACAAUUUGUGGCAUUAAAGCGAAAAGAAACGUGAUUUUAAAAUGCGUAAACAACACAUUUUCUGGGCCUGGAAAAAGAAAAACCCUGCGUACUUCAGAGCUGCCCAAAAUGGAGAAAUCUCUUUAUCGUUGGUUUCUCUGUAUGCGAAAUAAGAACUGGCCAGUAAGUGCUCUAAUGCUGAAAGAAAAAGCCAAGAAACUGCAUUCAAAAUUUAAGGAAAAGGAAGGUGACUUUUAUGCUAGUGAUGGAUGGUUUCAAGGAUUCAAAAAAAGAUACGGUAUUCGACUUCUGCAAAUAUCUGGCGAAAAACUGUCUUCGCAGUCUCAGUUAGUGGACCCGUUUAAAGAAAAACUUAAAGAUAAAAUUGCUGAAUUCGAAUUGUGUAACGAUCAGCUAUAUAAUGCUGAUGAGUCCGGCUUAUUUUGGAAACUUCUGCCAGAAAAAACGUACGUGUCCACUUUAGAAAAGAGAGCCCCAGGCGUAAAGUCGGAGAAGCAGCGAAUCACUUUCUUGUGUUGCUCAAACGCCACCGGAUCUCAUAAACUCAAACUUUUGGUAAUUGGAAAGGCGAAAAACCCACGAUGCUUUAAAAACCUCCAGUGUCCUACCAACUAUAAAAACUCAAAGUCCGCCUGGAUGACGGCGACUAUUUUCAAAGAAUGGUUUCAUCAAUCAUUCGUUCCUCAGGUGAAAUCAUUUUUAAAAGAGAAAAACUUGCCAAUUAAAGCUCUUCUUCUAAUCGACAAUGCUCCUUCCCAUCCAAAUGAGGCUGAACUGACAACGGAAGAUGGGCAAAUAUUCGCAAUGUUUAUGCCACCAAACGUUACUCCCCUCAUUCAACCGAUGGAUCAGAAUGCAAUAAAAAUCACGAAGUUAUACUACAGAAAUAGCCUUCUUGCUUCAAUAGCAGCAACGCAAUCUGACUUGCUCGAGUCUAUGAAGAAAAUAACAUUAAAAAGUGCUAUAAAUUUUUUGGAAGCCGCUUGGAGUCGUGUCGGCAAAGAAAUUCUGUCUAAGUGCUGGAAAAAUAUUUUAAAUUUUACUGUGAAUGAUGAUGACCCCGAAGAUAGUAUGCCUUUGGCGAUUUUAAAAGAAAAAUGGGAAACUGAACUUCGCUCCUUGAUGUGCAACACCGCCGAUCUUCUUAACAGUUUAAAUGCUGAGAGUGAAUUUACGUUAUCAAAUGUUAAGGAAUGGAACGAAGAUAUUGAUGAAGAUAAUGCGCAUGAUGAUAUUGGACAUGAGGACGAACCUGACGAAGACUGCAUCUCAGAGGCAUCGGUGAAAAUUAUACCAAGUGAAGCAGUUGAAAUUUUCAACAAAGCAAUACAGUGGGCCAGUCACGAAGGCGUCGAUCAAAAGGAUAUGAAUGUACUUAGACGUCUAAGGGAGAAUGCUGUGUUUCAAGUGUUAGAAAGAAAGAAGACCCAAAACAAAAUGACUGAUUUUUUUAAAUAA